AGUGGAAUACCUCUAGGGUUAGGGUUACCUCUACUACUAUAAAACAGGGUGAUGCAACGGGCCGGCGAAGACUGGAACUUUCCCAGCUGAGUGAGAGAACACCCUAACGAGGAGAAGUAGUCACGGUUGAGCUCUAAUCAAGCCUUUGCUCGGGACAAGAUUUCAGAAUGAUGCUUCAGCAUCCCGGUGCGGGUGUGGGUCCUUCAGAAGUGAGCGCAUCGGCUCUGGUCCCUUGCCUGUCCCCGCCGGGCUCUUUGACGCUGGAGGACUUCACUCAUUUCAGCCCUCUCAUCAAAGAGGAGCUGCGACACGCGAUUCAGAGCAAACGUGUGUCCAGCGGCAUGAACACCGCGAGCACUGACUACGGUAGCUCCAGCUCCGAGCGCCCCGCGGCAGCCAGGAGAGAGCUUACGUCUGAAGAGGUCGACAGAAGGAAAAGACGAAGGGAAAGAAACAAAAUUGCUGCUGCCAAGUGCAGGAACAAGAAGAAAGAGAAAACAGACUGUUUACAAAAGGAAUCUGAGAAAUUGGAAUCAAUAAAUGCUGAGCUGAAGGCCCAGGUCGAGGACCUGAAGAACCAGAAGCAACAGCUGGUCUACAUGCUGAACCUCCACAGACCCACCUGCAUCGUGCGAGCCCAGAAUGGCCAGACCCCCGAGGAUGAGCGCAAUCUCUUUAUACAGCAGAUUAGGGAGGGCGCUCUUCAAGGUUUGAACCUUAGUGUCACUGCAUCUGCACAGUCUGUAGUGCAAACCACAUGUGGUCAUCUCUGAGGCCCAGACCGCAGGUGUGUGUGAAGUUUUGUGAUGAAAUUUCAGCAGGUUUUUGCCAAGGAACUGUGUCGGAUCGACUCCCAGAUACUGCUGGAUGAGACUAGACAUUAAGCACUGGCUGGUGGCACUCCGUAAACAGCCUGUCAAAGCAUUAACACUGAAGGACUUUUGAGGCGUUUUUCUUUUUUUGUUGUUAUUUAGAACUACACUGUUAGAUGGUGACCAUGUCAUGCCAUUUUGUAUGUACACCGCGAUCUCAUGUUGACUGACAAAGCAACGUGUUAUUAACUCUGUUGGUUAUUGUAAUCCUGCUAGUAUCCCUCAUAAUAAUGACUGCUAAUGCUGUGAAGAAAAAUGGAACUGAACCCACUGUGUCUUUGAGAGUGUAAUGGAUAUUUAUACUUCAGUUCAUUUAACAUGGGUUGUGACAGAUGUGUUGUUUGUCAUGAGUCGCUUCAAAGCUGAGUGAUGAAAAUACUCAGAGCUGCUACACUAAUUUCUCAGGAUAUGAAUGACAUACUGCAGGAAAACGCCACAAACAUUAACAAGGAAAUGGAGAUGAGUUGGAUUUUGAGUUAGCAGCAGAAAAGAACGAAUGAUGGAGAAGCUGGUUUCUUCUUCUGAAUGUCCACCACUAAGCCUGUUCCUCUUAUCAUCUCAGAAGUCCAAAUAUGUUUUGUUACGAUGUUUUAGGUGGGACAGUCUGGUGAGGCCUGUUGCUAAUGAGCAAUAGGGGUCUUUUUGUGUUAGUAAUAAGACUCAUGUUUAUGUUUGAAAUGUUCUACUGUAUUUUUUUAUAUAUUGUAGAUGUGUGGCACAAUCAACUUCAAAAUGUAUUGCAUUAUAUGAAGCUCUUGAGAUGGUGGCUGUGGUCUUAGCACUCCUGUCAAAAUAUUUCACUGUUGCCCUGCAGAAAUAUUCCCAGAAAUCCUGUUUCCCAACACAAGCCCGUCUGAACAUUACAGUGUUUUCCACUUUCAGAAAGAACACCUGAAACCAGGGACUUCUGGACUUUGGUUUAGUUGUGUUCAGAAUAGUCUACUGAGCACUAGACAAAGAGUUCAUUAUUUAUUUAAAUAAGAUAAAUGACGCUGGCGUCAAUGCCUUGGAUUGUUUGUUUGUUUAUGAGUUAUACUGUUGAAACAUGGUACUACUGCCAUUUUCAGUCGAAAGCUAAACGUUUGGUGGUCAAGCUUUUUUAUUGUCAGUCAUAUUCCACCACUUCAAGCUCUACAUGCGCUUAUCAGAACUGUUUAUAUGAAGCUUAUUGUAAAAUCACAAUAAAGUGUAA